CUUCCAACCAAAAACAGACAAGAGCAUUGCCUGCCUCUGAUUGACAACUAUAGAUAUAUAUAAAUCAAGAACUAAACCAAGUAACACAUAGAAAACUGGAGCUGAAUGGUAGAUGGGAUUUAAAAAAAUUUAUCAGCAAUUCUUCAUUGAACUUUAAACAGGGCAAAGUGUUCAAGUGUCUAUACAUAUUACCAGUUGGGUUUCAACUCUGAAGAAACAACUCAGGUGAGUGGUGCUCCUCCACUGCUAUAAUCCACAACACCAGAUCAAGCUAGAUUUUUUGUGUACCCGAGAGCUAUGGAAGAAUAUCCCAAGGAAAUGCUUAUUCCUAAUGCCUUGUUGUUGCAGAGUGAGGACUUAGAAAAGUAUAUAUUGGAGACCAGUGUGUACCCACGCGAGCCAAAGCUUCUCAAGGAGCUGAGGGAUGCUACUGAAACCCACCCAUUGGCCUUCUUUCGUACUUCAGCCGAUGCGAUUCAGCUAAUGGCGAUGCUUUUGAAAUUGAUGAAUGCAAAAAAGACACUUGAAAUUGGUGUUUUCACUGGUUACUCACUUCUCACUACUGCUCUUAACAUUCCUGAUGAUGGAAAGAUUACAGCCAUAGACGUAAAUCGAAAAACAUACGAAAUAGGGCUGCCGAUGAUCAAAGAGGCUGGUGUUGAGCACAAAAUCAACUACAUUGAGUCCCAAGCUCUCCCAUAUCUUGAUAAACUCUUAGAAAAUCCAGAGAAUGAAGGGAGUUUUGAUUUUGCAUAUGUCGACGCGGACAAUGCUAACUAUGUGAAUUAUCAUGAGAGGAUCAUAAAGCUGUGUAAGGUUGGUGGGAUGAUUAUCUAUGACAACACACUGUGGGGUGGAACAGUUGCUAUGCCUGAGGAGGCCGCUCCGCCGUCCAAGAGAGCGGUGAGGCUGAAGACAAUCCAAUUCAAUGAAGCCUUGGCUGCAGACCCUCGAGUGGAAAUAGGUGUUGUUCCAUUGAGUGAUGGUCUCACCAUUUGCAGGCGCAUCUGUUGAUCAUCCAUUCAUGUUUGCCUUUUGCCUGAAUUGAAUAAUGUCCAUUGAGUGAUCAUAGUUGUAUGCACUGGGCUUGAAUAAUGUAAGGCUUGUUGAUUUACAUUAUUGGAAUUUGCAGCUUAUGUAAAAAUUUCAAGUUUAUCAUUAAAGUUCAACGGAGUUGGUUGUGUUUUA